UGAAGGAUUUUGCAUCUGAUCGCACGGCGUUUCAAAGGCAGAGGCCCCCCUCCCCCUUCCCCCCUCCCUCGCCGUCUUUGUUUCCUUCCCCCCAGCUCUCCCCACUCCCCCCACCCCACCCCCCUCUCCUCUCCUCCUCCUCUUUUUUAGAAGCAGCGAUCGGAGAUGGAUGUCUCUCUUUGCCCAGCCAAGUGUAGUUUCUGGCGGAUUUUCUUGCUGGGAAGCGUCUGGCUGGACUAUGUGGGCUCCGUGCUGGCUUGCCCUGCAAAUUGUGUCUGCAGCAAGACUGAGAUCAAUUGUCGGCGGCCGGACGAUGGGAACCUCUUCCCCCUCCUGGAAGGGCAGGAUUCAGGGAACAGCAAUGGGAAUGCCAGCAUCAACAUCACGGACAUCUCAAGGAAUAUCACUUCCAUACACAUAGAGAACUGGCGCGGUCUGCACACGCUCAACGCUGUGGACAUGGAGCUCUACACCGGCCUCCAGAAGCUGACCAUCAAGAACUCAGGACUUCGGAGCAUCCAGCCCAGAGCCUUUGCCAAGAACCCCCACCUGCGCUACAUAAACCUGUCGAGUAACCGGCUCACCACACUCUCAUGGCAGCUCUUCCAGACGCUGAGUCUUCGGGAAUUGAGAUUGGAGCAGAACUUCUUCAACUGCAGCUGUGACAUCCGCUGGAUGCAGCUGUGGCAGGAGCAGGGGGAGGCCAAGCUGAACAGCCAGAGCCUCUAUUGCAUCAGUGCCGAUGGCUCCCAGCUCCCCCUCUUCCGCAUGAACAUUAGCCAGUGUGACCUUCCUGAGAUCAGUGUGAGCCACGUCAAUCUGACCGUUCGGGAGGGUGACAAUGCUGUUGUCACCUGCAAUGGCUCUGGAUCACCCCUGCCCGACGUGGACUGGAUCGUCACUGGACUGCAGUCCAUCAACACCCACCAGACAAAUCUGAAUUGGACCAACGUACACGCCAUCAACCUGACACUGGUCAAUGUGACGAGUGAGGACAACGGCUUCACCCUGACGUGCAUUGCAGAGAACGUGGUGGGCAUGAGCAAUGCCAGCGUCGCCCUCACUGUUCACUACCCCCCACGAGUGGUGAGCCUGGAGGAGCCAGAGCUGCGCCUGGAACACUGCAUCGAGUUUGUGGUGCGUGGCAACCCGCCGCCCACGCUGCACUGGCUGCACAACGGGCAGCCGCUGCGUGAGUCCAAGAUCACCCACGUGGAGUACUACCAGGAGGGCGAGGUCUCCGAGGGCUGCCUGCUCUUCAACAAGCCCACCCACUACAACAAUGGCAACUACACACUCAUCGCCAAGAACCCCUUGGGCACAGCCAACCAGACCAUCAAUGGCCACUUCCUCAAGGAGCCUUUUCCAGAGAGCACGGAUAACUUUGUCUCUUUCUAUGAAGUGAGCCCCACCCCUCCCAUCACUGUGACGCACAAGCCAGAGGAAGAUACAUUUGGGGUAUCCAUAGCUGUUGGACUUGCCGCUUUUGCCUGUGUCCUUCUGGUGGUUCUCUUUAUCAUGAUCAACAAGUAUGGUCGACGGUCUAAAUUUGGAAUGAAGGGUCCUGUGGCUGUCAUCAGUGGUGAAGAGGACUCAGCCAGCCCACUGCAUCACAUCAACCAUGGCAUCACCACACCCUCAUCACUGGACGCCGGGCCGGACACAGUGGUCAUUGGCAUGACCCGCAUCCCAGUCAUUGAGAACCCCCAGUACUUCCGCCAGGGACACAACUGCCACAAGCCAGACACGUAUGUGCAGCACAUUAAAAGGAGGGACAUCGUGCUGAAGCGAGAACUGGGUGAGGGAGCCUUUGGGAAGGUCUUCCUGGCCGAGUGCUACAACCUCAGCCCCACCAAGGACAAGAUGCUCGUGGCUGUGAAGGCCCUGAAGGAUCCCACCCUGGCCGCCCGGAAGGAUUUCCAGAGGGAGGCUGAGCUGCUCACCAACCUGCAGCAUGAGCACAUUGUCAAGUUCUAUGGGGUGUGCGGCGACGGGGACCCACUCAUCAUGGUUUUUGAGUACAUGAAACACGGGGAUCUGAACAAGUUCCUCAGGGCCCAUGGGCCAGAUGCCAUGAUCCUCGUGGACGGCCAGCCACGCCAGGCGAAAGGCGAGCUGGGGCUCUCCCAGAUGCUGCACAUUGCCAGUCAGAUUGCCUCUGGCAUGGUGUACCUGGCCUCCCAGCAUUUUGUGCACCGGGACCUGGCCACCAGGAACUGCCUGGUUGGAGCCAACCUGCUGGUGAAGAUUGGCGAUUUCGGCAUGUCCAGAGAUGUCUACAGCACGGAUUACUACAGGCUCUUUAAUCCAUCUGGAAAUGAUUUUUGUAUAUGGUGUGAGGUAGGAGGACACACCAUGCUCCCAAUUCGCUGGAUGCCUCCUGAAAGCAUCAUGUACCGGAAGUUCACUACUGAGAGUGACGUGUGGAGCUUCGGGGUGAUCCUCUGGGAGAUCUUCACCUACGGAAAGCAGCCAUGGUUCCAACUCUCAAACACAGAGGUAAUUGAGUGCAUCACCCAAGGUCGCGUUUUGGAACGGCCCCGGGUCUGCCCCAAAGAGGUGUAUGAUGUCAUGCUGGGGUGCUGGCAGAGGGAACCACAGCAGCGGCUGAACAUCAAGGAAAUCUACAAAAUCCUCCAUGCUUUGGGGAAAGCCACCCCCAUCUACCUGGACAUCCUUGGCUAGCGGUGGCCGGUGGUCACGAAUUCACGUUCUGUUGCCUCCUCUCUCCUGGCCUCUCAUCCUCCCUUUUCCACCUCACAAACUCUUUUCUUCUGUCCUUGACUGAAGCAAACAUCUUCAUAUAAACUCAAGUGCCUGCUACACAUACAACACUGAAAAAAAAAAAGAAAGAAAAAACCCUGUAAGGCAGUUUGGCAUAUAUAUAUAUAUAUAUAUAUAUAUAUAUAUAUAUAUAUAUAUUUAUAUAUAUAUUUAUAUAUCUAUCUAUCUAUCUAUAUCUAUAGAAAGAUACUUUCUCUAAUACACAGAGAAGCUGCUGAUGCAGAAACCACAAGACUGUAACAACGACUCAGAAAAUCUUAAGUAUGAUGAACGCAAGUGAAAAUUCCCUUAGACUUAGGCUGUGGCCCAUGCUUCUUCCGCAGCUUCUCAGAGCAGAAGACCUUGACGAUGCAGGGAGACAAUCUUCAUGUUAGGAUGGAAGGAGCUGGGAUGGAGUGCCAGUCACUGCUGCACAAGUGCUUACCUGCCCAGGUGUGCUGUCCCCAAGCUUUGCACCAGUGCAUGGGUGGACCACAUCAACUGGCUCAGCAAGGAAAGAAUUCUGGACCAGGGGUCUCUGGAACACCUCACAUCUCCCUUGACCAUCACCUCCAUGCGCCUUCCCCCUUUCCUCCACCUCAAGAUGAUUUUCUAAUUUGUCCAUCUAGAAAGUAUUGUCCUGAUGCUUUUGAGAUUCAACAAUGGCGCCUACUAAACACCAAACAAACAACGAUGACAAUGAAACACACAACUACGACGACAAUGGACAACGUCUAUCUUGGUGUAAGCCAUGCUCAAGUUCCUUCCUAAAUUUGAAAGAGGUGUGUCAUCUAUCCUCUGAACUUCAAGAACUGGACUUUCUGGUUUAAAGAACCACAGAAUUAAAAGGUGAAAUCUGAGCCCUGCCAAGCCACUGCAUCCAGUCUUCCCAUCACUGGGAAGACUCCUUGGCCCCACCUCCCACAUUCAGGCUAUUGGGAAGUUAAGGGGGAUACCAGACAUCCCCCUUGUUGUCUGCCAAUGUGGACACAGCAGGGUUCCAACAGUAGGAGACUUAGCUCCUUGUAGAUCUUAGAAAGUAUGCCUUUUUGGGUCCUCUGUUUCCCAUCCGCCUCCCCUAGACUCUAGCACUCUCUUCCUGGCUCUGCUAAGUCCUAGGUACACCCCUGCAUGGGGGAGAGGAGCCUGGGCCAAUGAGAGGCCGGGGCAGUGCUGGUUCCCCCUGGAGCCAGGAUCAGAGAGAGAAUUGGGCAGGAGACAGCAGGAGAAUCUCUCUGGCACCUGCACCGGGCCCCUUGGCAUUCUCCUCACGUCCCCAGCCCCUGGAAGGAUUGAUGCAUCUGCCUUUGAGCUGCUGAGAAAAUGCAGGAGCUGAGAAAAGGCUUUUGUGGACUGAGGGCAGGGGGAGGGGCCGAGGCUGCUUGGGGAAGUGUCCCAUGCUUGGCCUCAGCCACAGGCCUGGCAUCUUGAUGAGGACAGAGCCCUGAGCAGGGAGAGAGAAGGAAGCCUCUGAGCUGGGGCCAGCUCCCUCGCCUGCACCAGGAGAAUCACUGCCUUCCCACCGCUGCCAUCAAGCACCAUGCCAGGGCUGAUCUCUGGCCCCUGACACAUGAUAGCAAAGUGCCCCUGGAAACUGACUGCCUGGCCCACAGAGCCCUCCUCUUGUGAGGAGAAGGUGUGCCUCUCCCAGGCCACUGCCCUCCCUCCCCACCCCCACCACUUCACUCCAGCAGAGAGCUACCCAGUGAAUGGGGCUUUGCCCUGUUGGAGCCUCCCAGGUCCCCUGAACCCACCCAUCUUCCAGCUCAAGGGUCAGUCAGCUGCACUGUGCGCGUCCUAUGUGGGGUUAGGGGCCAGAUUCUGUGUGUGUGGUUUGGCUUCUUUUUGUAGACCCACAAAUAUUUUUAUUCAAAGAGGAAAGAGUCAUGCUGGGACCAGAGGCCUCCAGUGGGCUUCCAGGAUCAGCGGGGCUGCUGAGCUGGAGGGGGGGAUUCAGGGACCAUGUGUGGGUUUUCUCUGUGCGGUGCUCUCAGCCCUGAGGACUUUGCAGGAGCGCCUGGAUGGACCACUCAAAGGUAUUCCGGGCUCACCUGUGGCAAUGAUCCUUCUCCUCCCACUUGGGGGCCCUCAGUCUGUUCUGGAGCUGUUCAAUCUGGGUUGAACUGGGCAAUCUGGCUCCAUCUAGGUGAUGAGGGGAAGGUAUUCAGGGAGGGAGUGUCUGGAGCGUCUGGGGUAGUGUGCCCCAGUUGGAGAUGAGGGUCCAAGGCUUCUGUGGCUGCCACACCCACCCCACAAGCAGACAGUGGGUGGCUUCCACAUUCUUGGCUAUGUUCUCAGAACCUUAGAGCCUGUGAUGGUCUGGAAGAAGGGGAGGCUACGAAGAUGGUGGUGGGCAACUGGGGAUACGGAUGUGGCAGGGUUUCCACUCAGGGCCCUGAGUCAUCAUGGCCUAAUGGAAAAAGCCAGUUCCUUUGCCAGCAAGGAGACUGGUGUUGGCAGAUUGCCCUGGUCUUAGUCCCACAGGCCUCUGCGUUGGCCUGAGGUCAUGACUGCAUCACAUCCAUCAGAAGCAGCUGCCUCCCAUAAAAGUCCACAAUGGAGGGUGGCAGGGCAAGGGGAGCAGAGGGGGAGGACCGGCUUUCUCACUGCCCCAUGUGCUCUCUGCAUAGAAUCUGCGUGCUGACUUGUUAACCUCAGCAGGUAGAAACAAAAGUUUUUCUGGCAUGUGAAGGAGGCCGAGGAUGGGGCUGUAGGAAUGGCAGGGGUUCUGGGGGCUCUGGGGUGAGCAGAUAGAUGGUUCCUUCUGAAGAAGGCCAGAACUCGCUCCCCUGCAUCUCCAUUUCUCCGUCUGCAAAGUGAGGGGUGUACCUGGUCAUCUCUGGUCCCUUCUAUGCUUUGGAAUUCUUAGACUCUAAUGGCACUGAGUUUCUGUGUCCCUGUCCUCAGUACCACUCUGGAAUGCCAGGACAGCCCUCUGCUGACCUUGGGGGUUGGGGGGCAGUAUCUUUGGGGUGGGGGGAGGGUGUUCCAAUAAAACUCCCCUCUCCUCUUCUGCAGUCACAGCAAUGCAAGGGCUGACGUGCCUGAGGUUGCUUUAGCCCUAGAAGGAGCAUCUGGUCUUCACCCUCCUAGUCUUCCUAAUACCCAAAAAGCUCAGUGAAGGUUCUUGAUUGAUUAAUUUUUAAAGAGCCUGCUGUGGUUAAAUGGGUCUUGAAAUGACACCCCAUUAACCCAUAUGAGCACUCCAGUCUGCUUCACUCUCAUGGCCCCUACUGACUCCACAGCAUAGAGUCCAGGCCAGAGUGACCCAGGGCACAGUGUCAUUGGACCUCCUUUCUGGCUGUGGUGGAUGCUCUGGGUCCCCCAGGCUGGUCUCCCUGCCAUGCCACCCUCCCCAGUCCCCUCCUGGACUGAGUGUGAGAGACUUGCUGUUGGAUGCUCAUCUUGGAGUAGGGCGCCACCGUCAAGGGUCUUCCCAGGUCUUCUUUACUUAGGAUGUGAACCAAAUGCGGCCCUCUACUUAUAUCCCUGACCUUUGAGGGGAUCUUGAAGGUCACUAAGCCUCCAUCAGUGAACAGACAGAAGCUUGAUGCUUCCUCCACUCAGAAAAUUGUGCACAAAUCAUGCCUGGAGAGAGGCUUCCUGCUAGAGGCAAAGAAAUCCUGGUCCUUCGGGGUUCAAGUUGUACAGGACUGUUUUUCUCUGGUGAGGCUUACUUUACGGAACUACACUAGUGCAAGUAUUUUUGGUGCUAAAUACUACGGAAACCAACACCAACAGGAGAGUGGACAGCCAGUUUCUGGGGCUGCGUGAGACUCAACUCAGAAGCAAAAGUGAGUCAGUCAUGCUUGGAGAGAGCAGGAUACACAGGAAGUUAGGCACCAACUUGGGUGGUGGAAAGACCGUUGAAAUUCCUGGCUUUGCUCAAGUUACUCAAGUGACCUUGGCCAAGUCAGCUAAUCUCUCGGAUUAUCAGAGUUUUCAUCUGAGACAUUUAGAAGGUUAGAAGAGAUAGUCUUAAGGUUCCUUUUAGUUGAAAAAUGUUGCGUUUUUGUCAUACACUUUUUUCUUUUAGCUUGCUUGUUAGUAAUAAGAGAGAAAAUAAAAGACAGGUAAGGGGUGGGGGAGUGAUCCAUGGUGAGAAAUUGAUUAUAGAAGGCAAAUAAGGAAGGUUCAGUGACUGUUAAGUCUGAGGAUUAUUAGUGGGGGGAAGCCAGGCAGACAAGCGAGGGACCCUACUUUUUUUGCUCUUCAAGGGAGGCUGCCACGCAGCCCCUUUUCUGACUUUUUCCAGCCUGUCCUCCUCAACUGGCCACCUUACUCCAUUCAACACCAACCUCCCAGAGUUGGCAUAAACUAUUCCAAGACAUAGAGACAGGCCUGCCUACCUUUCAUGCAGGCUAUUGGCAAUCUGUGCUCUGGGCCAAAAUCCAGGAGAUUUUUACAUUUAACUACUAGUGAGGGGCUAGGAUGUUGGAAAGAGGGCAGUGUUUUAAGUUGCAGACUAUUCACCAAGUUUUUCUCCAUUUGGGAAUGAUGAGUGGCUUCCUUGCUCCACUUUUCCAAAUCAAACAGCAACAGCAUUAUUUUGACUCAAGGUAGAGUUAUUACAAUGGACAGUCUUGGGCUUUGGGGUCUUCCUUGUGCUUUGCUCAGAGUCUGGAGCAGAGGAACAUUUGUAGAUGUUUGUGGCAUCAGCCCAAGGGCUGGAAGUCUAGAGAGCUGCCCUCUAGAUUUACUGUCAGCUCUGGUUGGGAGCCAAUCUGCUAGAAACCUCCAUGGCAUUUGCUUUAAAGCAAAAUAUGAAGCUCUAGCCACUAUGCUUUUGGUCCCGGGAGCACCAGUAUUCUUUGAUACCAAAUACAUUUUUGUUUGUUUGUUUCAAAGGAAGAUUACAAGUUUUUGUAUCACCAUUAACAUAUCAACAUAGACUUCAGAACAUGUUUUGGGAUUGCUUAAUAUCACUGGGGGUGUCAUACUAAGAAGAGUAUUGUACACGUCUCUCCAUAUAUUUCAUUGGAACAGCUUUAGUGAAGGUUCCCUUGGAGUCAGCAAAUUGAUUCGCAAUGCUAUAAUCUCUGAGCCUUACAUUUCUCAAGGAUGAGAUAUCCAGAGAUGGACUGGCUUAAGAGACAGUUAGAAAGGUCCUGAUGGGAUAUAUAUCACCUUAUAAAGUUUGAUCAUCUGGUGUGCCCUGAAUUAAAUUAUGCUGACAACAACAUUCUGAGCAUCUGAAAGUCACUCUUCUGAGUUGUCUAAUAGAUCACACAGGAACCGACUCUUUUUACCACAUCACAUCCCCUUUGGAGUUGGUAUGGAAUUCACCAGCACUGCAGGUGAAACCAACACCCAGGUGGGACGGGACAGAGAAAAUGUGAGAUGUUGGCCAUUGUUUGCUCCUUCUGAAAGGCACUGCUGACUGUGGUGGAUGUGAAUAUUUGUGGUGCCGCAUUGGGUGUUAGGACUUUUGCUGUGAGCAUAAGCUGUUUCACCCUAAGGAUCUGGUGUCUAGGCUUCUGACAGAGUCUCUGUCUCCUUUGCGCAUUCUUCCUAAUCCAUAGUUCCCUUGACUAUAUAAACAAACUAUUUUUUUUUUUCAACAAGAAAUCCUCUGGUCUAGAUCUCAGUGUGCCAACACAGACACUUUCCUAUUUCACCAAGAGAUCCAUGAAGAUUGGGGUGGGGGUGGGGAGGGGGUACCUUCAAAGUACUUGGAAUUCUUGGUCACAGUAAAAAAAAAAAAAAAAGUCGGAGUCCCCUUCCUCUUUAACUAAAUUCCAAAUUUUAAGCAAGACCUGGUCUGAUACUUACAGUAGGUAAUGAUGUCUUAAGAUAGUGUGCCGGGAGUCCCCACUGUGGCACAAUGGGAUCGGCAAUGUCUCUGGGACACAAGUUCAAUCCCUGGCCCAGCACAGUGGGUUAAGGACCUGGUGUUGCCACAGCUGCAGCUUAGGUCACAACUGUGGUUCAGUUCUGAUCCCUGGCCAGCGAAUUCCAGAUGCCACAAAGCAGCCAAAAAGGAAUAAAAUAAAACAAAGACGGUGUGCUGGGUGCUCUUCCAUCAUACAGAGGCAGAACAGUAAGCUCUAUAAAGUUUCCUGAUUUCCAAACUAAACGUUGCUUUGUGUGCUAUGCCCAGGAUCACAGCUUGCUAGAGAUACUUGUGGCCAGCAGAACUAGAAGUUUCUGACAGAAGAUGUAUCAAAAAAGUGUGGCUGCAGAAAGGCCUGCAGGAUUCUCCUUCUGAGAAAUGCCUUGUCAUUCAGGUCUUCAGUUUAACUUCUUGGGAGGGAAGCUGGUUUCUUCCCUCUUUAGGCUGUGACAAAUUUAGAUAACCUCCUAGAAAGCCCAGAGGGAGAUUAAGAGCCUGGAUCUUUUCCGUGUACUUUGACAUUCUUUUGGAUGCAACAUCUCUAAAGACCAAUGAGAAAUACAAAUACCUAAGUCUAAGUCUGGUAGUUAUUUCUUCAUUUAAGAAGAGUCUGUGGGAGUCAUAAAAACCAACAAAUUUUGUAAUAAGUCAACAGGUAGGACAUACUCAAAUGAAUAGCCUGCUUAAACCUUUCAUUUUUUUUCUCGGGGAAGUAUUUGCAUCCCAUCUCCAUUUAACAUGACAGCUUUCCGACAUUAGCUGACGCCUCUGAGCUCAUCUCUGGAGAGAAUAAAUAAACCUGGUCCAGGUGAUUUGAUUUCUGCUUUCCACAGCAGAGAAGUAAAUCUCGGUUAAAAAAAAAAAAAAAAGUCUUUAAUUUUUGUUCUUUUUUCUUUUUCUUCUUUCCCCUUUCUCUGGUUUCCUAACCUCCUCCUUCCAUGGCACUGACGAUCCAGCUUCUCAAACUUCGUCAAAGUCUUAAUACAAGGUGAAUCCCAGGACCACAAACAGUUUGGACUUCAAACAGUGAGAAAAUUGGCACUGAAUGAUUCGGCACACAAAGCAGAAAACUUUCAUUUCCUGUAGGCAGGAUGGAAUUGACUGUUGUAUUAAGACUUCUGAAGGAGCCCUGCCCUGGAGUAAUUUCAGUGCUGUCAGACAACGCUGACAUCUAGAUUAACCUCUGUGCAGUCAAGUUUACUGCAGAGCUCAUUGAGAUGCAUGUGGUGGAUCUCUGCAAAUCCCAUCUGGAACCCUUGGUGGCCCACCUUCACCACCCCCCUUUCCAUUCCUCACCCACCGCUUUCUCUAUCUAUGAAAUUUUUAGCCUCUAGGACCAGGGGAGCCAUGGCUGGGCUCUGGCCCCAGAAGAGGGCGUUUUGACUCUCUCUGACCAUGUGCUGAGCAAGGCUUUCUACUCUGAAGGAGUGACAGUGGUUGUCAUCAUAUUGGUUUUCCCCUCAGGGGACUACAAACCAAGUCAGGAAAGCCACUCUGCUGAUGACAAACAGUUUUGCAGCAUAUCUGGAUGCUGCACAAAGUGAAGUGGUUUAUGAAGAAUUAGCAUGCCCUACAUCCCUGACCACUGAUCUGGGCUUCCCAGCCCUCUGGCAUCUCCUGGUUCAGGCGUGACAGGUCCUGAUGACAGCCCGGUGGUUAGGUAGGGGUGGUGGUUCUGAUGGACAAAGAACCUUAUGUCUGUAUAGGUGAUCUCCAUGGUCCUCAUAAAAGAGGAAUCCCAGUUCCUUUUUCUCUUGUUGGGACAAAGUAAUAGCCAUCCCCUAAGUCCAGUUUGUCACCUCUCUCCUUAUGGGGUGGUGGGCUCCAGAAUGACCUGAGCCCUUUCCAACUCACUCUGUGUGCAAGUACAGUGGUCAGCAGAAACCUCAAAGCUAAAACCACAACUUAUCUGCAAACUGGAGCCAGUUAUCACAUCAAAAGUCUUGAAAAAAAGUCCUUUAGCUUAAAUGCACCCAACACAAAUUUCUCUGGGGUUUUACUGAUUUGGUUUCUCCCUGAAAUUGUUUUUCCUACUUUGCCUCUUGUCUUUAAUAUGAAUAAUAAGAAUCUCCUUAUAGUUCUUAGAGAUUUCUUUAGGAGAAAUGAAGGUUGCCAUCAAGGGCAUUGUGUGUAUUGACAGGGAAAAUAGAUUUCUGGGCCAAGUAAUGUCACGACCAUACAGAGGCAAAUCUGAUGACUUUAUUUAAAAGCAAUUAUCAGUGUUAUAUUUUGUUCUGGUUACUCAAGAUCACAUAGGGCAAACUACAUUCAUCUUUCUAUCAUUAUUUAUACUUGUUCACCUGCAUGCACACACACACACCACACACACACAUGCCUCUACAUUUCUACUGGUCCCAAAUGGUCCAACAAGCAGUGUGCCCGUUUGUGUUUCUCCCACCAAUCUCUAUGCACAUGUGUGUGCAAAUAAGUGUGCUUCAAGCCUGUGGUUUCUUAAACUUAUUAUGGCUCAGUUUUUAUUUUAUUAUCAACACACAGCCUUUGACUUUCUGACUUUCGGCACUGUGGAUCAUUUAUGAGAUUAGGGCAUUUUCAAGGGAGAGGUUUCAGAAUUGUCAUAUUUAAAGGCUGGACGAGUUUUCUCAGAGAAACAGAAAACUACGCUGAACAUUUAUGAAGAUUUUAUUUAAUUAAUUUUCGAGGUGGGGAGGAGCACUGAAUUUAGGCCUGAAUGGUAUAUGUUAAGUAUAAAUAUAGACGUAAUUUAGCUGAAGCAGACUUUAUUGAACCUGUUUUGGGGCUGAAACAGUUAGGUAUCAAACACAAACACUGACAUGGAAUUGGAACCUUAAUGGAGAAGGGUUAGACUUUCCGUGGGAAAGUUGGUCAUUUCAGGCAAAAAGGACAGAGCACUGGGCUGGAGGUGACCUGGCUGCGCUGAGUGUGGCUUGGCCGGGUGACUGCACAAGUCACGUCAGUUCUCUGGGCCAGCGUGUAGGGGUCCUUAGUCCAGAGUGGGCAGCUGGCAGCCACCUGCAUACUUUGGCCCCUUCCUUGAUUGCAUCGAUGGGGCAAAGCGAAUCUAUACCUUGCGUGUUGCUCAGAUCAGUGCCCAGUGAAGUGUAUAUUCUCAUGCUCUCUCAUAGAGCAAGUGUGCAAACGUCUCCUCACUGAACUCAGUCCCGCUUCCACCUUAUGUUCAGUGCAUCUCUUGCAGCUCUCUUUGAAUGCUCUCCAAACUCUGACUCUUACAGUCCACCCAUCAUCCCCCAUCCCAUCCCUAAAGGCUGGGUUUUGUCUCUUCAAAGUCAGGGAAAGCCCUACCAGCCCAUCUCCUUCCUCUCUAGGCUGAGCAUCAGUCAGGCUUGUGAUUUAGCCUAGGUUUCCGGAGAAGAAGACAGUGUGCUCUCACAGCCACUAGUUAGUUUCUUUCCAGCUCCUUGGACCAAGUGAUUAGCUCCUCAUUAGCGCCUCAUCAGUCACUUUUGCAUGAUGCCAGGACAACAAACCUAUAAUAAUGCCCUGUUCUAUCUUUUUGAAGUUUUCCAUUCCUUCUGUCUUGGUUAAGAGAAACUUGCCAUUUCCUUCAAAUUUCUUUAGAUUUUGUUCUUGCUCUUAAAUAUACUGAUAAAUGGUAAACCAUGGUAUUCUUUCUUUCUUUUUUUGUUCUUUGUUUUUAGCCUCCUAUCAGUGUGGAUGUGCUCUGUCCCUAUGGAAUAGAAAACACCACAUGUCAGCAACAUGUUUAUUUAUUUAGCGGAGAGGCUAUAAUAUUGACAUGCAGAUUUGUAGCAGCAUCCAAAUCUUGAAGGGUAUAAAAGAGUCUUUUUCAAUCAAAUGAGAGCUUUACUGUAAUGGCACCAGAAAGGUUUGUACCUUAAGAACAGAAUUGAAUCUGAUAACAGGCUCUCUUUUUAGGGAACAAUGAGGUGGAAGAAAUUUCCCCAAGAGCUGAGAGACUAAAUCUUCUAUUCCACAAAUCAUUCUGUAUCAAUAGAUGCUUUAGCUCUGUCCCUCAAAUUUGCUCUGGAAAACAAGAACAAACUAGGAUCAACCACCCACAUUUACUAUUAAAAACAAAUGCAUUACCUCUAAGUGAACCCCGACUUAAAAAAAAAAAAAGCAUAAUUUUUUCUCCUCCUAAUUCUGGGGAUGGUUCAAUACUGUUUCUUUUCUUGGUCUCUUUUAAUAUUUUCAAUGAGAUUUCUAAUUGUUUUUCACUUUUAUUUUGUUACGAAGGACAUGGAUUUUUAAAAAAAUUCUGUCUGCGAUAAAACGACAGGACAGACUGAGAGUGGGGUGGAGGGACAGUAAGGAGACCAGGAGGCAGAGGGCUUAUCAGCUGCUAUUUUCUACUGGGUGAUCUUGGACGAAGCAUCAGCCCUUCUGUGCCUCUGAUUCUUAAUCUACAAAAGAAAACUGCUAGCACCCCACCGGCGCCCCUGCCUGCUCUGAGGGUUAGUCUGACCCUCAAAUGACAUCGUAACUGUCAACUCGCUCUGUGGGCUCCACAGCCCUCCUCACAGGAGUGGAUCCCGCCCUCUGGGCAGUGAGUGUUGCGUGAAUCUUCCUGGAUGCUGAGCUGCAGGCAGCUUUGGGGAUGUGCCAUGUUUUGAGCUGCAUCCUUCCUCACUCCCUCCUGAGGUCUGGCGUCUAGAUUUUGUCAUUGGCAUUUUCCUCUUUGAAUCACCAUCAAUGCUGGAGGGCUAGAAAAUGCUUUUAUGAAAAUACAAGCAGAAAGAGGAUGUUUUAUCCCUUUGGCUCUGUCACUGAAAAUGCCUGGGUUUUAUUUUCCAGCCUGGAAUUCUGAACAUUUUGUAGCAAAAUGGCAUCUCCUGCUGCACUUAACACCACGUUAUUCCUUGUUGCUUUCAUGAGGUUCUGCAGAUUGAAACAUAAUGUUUUUUGAAAAGUAGGGCUAUAUGAAGCUUCCUCAAUAAAUUGGGUAGUGAAACCAAUCUUAAAGAAAGCCCCCAAAGUGAUAAUGAUCCUAAAGCAAUAUCACCUUCUUUCUAGGGCCAGCAUUUUGUAUGUGGGGAGAUAAUUUUAAGAUGGAGGGAAAAAAAAAAAAAAAAAGGUUUGCUGGAGUGAAGGCCGAAUGCUAAACCACAUUUGUAAAAGCCUUGAGCACUAACAAACAGGUGUGAUUGGGGUGCCCACUGAGAAAGGGCUCUGAUUGGAAGUGAAACCCCUGACAACACAUCCUGAGGCCAGAUUGCCCAGGUUACAAUGGUGAUGUCAUUGACAGCCCCUAAAAACAUCCAAGGUGUUUGUGACGCCAAGCACUAUUUGCAGGGGUGACUGCUUAGUGUGUUACAUCUUUCAGAUGUAAUUUCCUUUAGAUUUUCAAGUAAUGAUCAGGUGUGAUGCAACUGACUAAAUGCUGUGCAUGUUUCUUUUUGAAGGAUUUCUUACUCCAGAGAAAAAUCAGAUUAACACCAAGUACCUGAAAUCCUAAGACAUUCACGUAUAUUUUGCUCAAGUUCAGACUACCUCAGCUUCUCUUUCCUCUCUCUACCUGGGGUUCAAUUUUUGUUUGUCUUAGAUAGAAAAGCAACACCUUUGUUCUGAGGCUCUGUCCCAGUGAUUCUCCCCCUGCAGCUGUCCAGCAGACAGAAAACAUUUCAGCUUUCUUUGAAAUGAAAGUUCAAAUUGGGUUAUGACUAGGCUUUUAAAUUAUGAUGUGAAAUUGGAGAAGGCAAGCUGGUUCAGGGAGAUGUUCCAUAAUUCACUCUGCUAAUCCCAAGGAGAUGACCUCCUUCAUAGCACGGUUUAAGGCCUGCCUUGAACAAGCCAUUUCCCCCUGUAACUUCCCAGUGACAAGAUGGUUAUUUAAGGAUUUCAGAGAUAUCAUUUGAGAAAUAACUCACCAGAUAUGGGAAAUCUGAUUUAAUAUGUUAACAGGAAAAACAAGAACUUAGUUGAAUGCUUUUUUCCUUUCCUCUUGCUGAGCAUUUAGCCUUCUGGAGGCCAUUGGGAUAUUUCCUUUUCAAGGUUGGAGAAGAUUGAUUAUAGUUCAUAUCUAAGAGCAAAGGCUCCCGCAAGCCCUUUGCAGUUGGAGACAACCCAAAAUGACCCAUGUUAAUCUUUUGUCACCCUGCAGAAUCAGGGACCCUUCUUGGUUAUGUUUAUGGGCCAUGGUGGGUGAGCUCUAGGAUGUUGUCAAAAUAAAAUGAAAAGAAAGCAAGUUGGGACAAGAAAAUAAUCAGUUAGAAUGUGACAGAAAACAGUGGUCCUGCUCUCUCUGGCAAAGAUUCAUGUACUGCUGAGGGAAGAAACAAGUUUUUUUUCUCAAAUAGAUUUUACUUCCUGAGAUUUUUUGUGUUUGUGGGUGUGUAUGUGUGGGUGUGUAUGUGUGAGUGUGGGUGUGUGUGUGUUAGCUGGGAGAGGAGUUGGAAACAUUAGGAAGUAGUUGUUUACAAGUUUAGUCUUCCUCUGGAGCAUAAUAAAAGCUCUGCUCAGUUUCUCAGAAUGUGACAAUAAAAUUAGGAAUGGAGAGGACUUCAGAAGCCCAUGUUUGAGUAUAUGGUAUAUUUUUACCCAAAGACUUCUUUCAGAAACAUUUAGUCCUAGCAAGCAAUAGCAAGCCUAUGUCUGCCAUUGGUAUCAGGAAAAGGAAUAAGUGAAGAGGUAGUUUCUGAAGACCCCAGUGUUGCAUCCAUUUAUAAGCUUCUUUCCUAAGAGUUCAGGUUCCUUGACUUACAUGAGAGAAUUUUCCAAUAGGGCCUACAUGGGGUGGGGGGCUGGGUUUGAAUGAGCUGCUCAAUCAGUACUAUGACAAUGCAUUAACUCUGUCCCAUGGAAAAACUAGGAUCAUCCUAGGGCUGCUUUCAUUUGGAAUGGCAUAAAGAGAGGCUUUUGAAACAUAUUUUGAGGACUGGCACCCAAAGCCAGCCUCUGUUGAAAGAGUUUUCAGUUUAAUAGGCAGAAUUUCUCUCUUCUCCCAUCUAUCAGUGAUCUGGGGUGGGGGGUGGGGGGGUAUCUGUUUUCAGCACCAGGGACAGCAAACACCUCCCUCAAUUGAACCAAUGUGCUCUAUCCUGAUUGACCUGCCAGUCAAGGAAGGGAAGGGCUUUUCUUUUACUCCCAUCCCUUGGGGCCUCAACCUGGAAGGUUUUAUCCUUAAGUUCGGGUAUUUACACCUUUUAUUUAUUACCAAGCUUGUUUCUGUCACAUUCCAGAUCUGCUAACAAAUGAUAGGUGUUGGCCCGACAUGCCCAAGUCUCCUGGCUCAAAGCAGUGGAAAGAAAGACACUUAGACAUCAGUGGAGGACACACUUGGCACAGGAAGCCACUGCACAUUCUUCACAAAGGCACUGUUGACUUGUAAACUCCCAAAUGGAGGAUUGCUUUUCGGCAAUCACUUGGAAAAACAUUUCUGCACAUUUCCCACAAAGUACAAGUCUAUGUUUCACUCUGUGGCAUUUGGAGGCAAUAUUCCACAGGAGUUGAGCAGAAGCUAUUAGCUUCAGGGGUAGAGAAGGGCCCCGGUGAUGCUGCUGUUUGGUAUUUUGAAGACUCAGGGUGGGGGCCUGGCUUUGAAAGCCAGCAGCCACUCUUCAAUUCUGAACGCUGUUUAGCAGCUAACUUUGCCUUAAACAAUCAUUUUAAAAAUGAAAAUGGCUCCUUAAAGUCUCCAUCAAGCUCGACUGAAGGGGGUGCACUGAGAAAAUGCAUAGCAGAAGCACAUGUUUUCACUUUGCUUUGUGAUGGGACAGUUGCCAUAGAGCACAAUCAUACCUAGAUGUCACCUUAGAGGCAACAUUGUUUUCUCUUAACUAAUUGACUUCAUUUUCCUCACUCAUGUCAGGAUGGAUUGUGCUGUGAAGGCAAGAGUGUUGCUGAGGAUCUCACCUUAAAGAUUGUCUUCUAUUUCACAGAUGUGAGAUCAAUUCCACCUCAAUUGCCUCUGAACUAUCUAAUUAAUAGCUUUCAACACUCCAUCAAACCCUCUCCUCUACUUUCUCCCCCUAUCUUCAGUUUGGCUUAGCAUAAUUCAUAAUAUUUAGUAGUGUAAGACAUAAGGGAUCCUUUUUAAGGAUAAAUGAGGUGGAAGAACCAGACCAGAGCCAGAUCUCAGAGGAGCAAGGUCAAUGGAGCUGUGACAUUGAACUUUGGAAUGGGUCUAAGGAAAAUCUACUGUUUCCCUCCAUUCCUCAUCCUCUUGAGGGCAGCCCCCUCCAGUGUUCACACUUGCCAUGCAAAAAAGGCAUAGCAAGAGUUUCUCUAGAUUAUUUAUAUGAGGAAGGUGGGAGGGCAGGGUCUCAAAUUCUCUGUUAGUGUCCUUUGGAAUAGAGGAGCUUUGUUUUAUAUCAAAAUCAAGGAAUGAUCCUAGUUUAGAAAGCACAUACCCAUGAAUGACUGACAGCUGGAAUAGAGUGCAAUAAGACAAAUUCUUUCCCCUUAAAACACAGAAGAAGGAGGUGCAGAUUGACUGGUAGGAAACACAGGAUCCAUCGGCUAGAGGGGAAGGUGGUCUGAUAUGGGGAUACAGAAGCAGUCAUCUUUAGAAGUGGAGGUGAUGCCCAGGGAAACCUCAGAAGAGGACAGGCUGGAGGAUAAAAUCCUAUAGAGGUUCUCAGAACUUUUUCUGCAAAAUUCCUAAAAUUUCCAAGGGCACUACUAGCCCUCUGCCUCUUUAGAGGUGAGCUCAGUUCUACUUCUGGGCUCCUAAGGCAAAUGCCCUAGAAACGCCAAAGUCUUGUAUUUUCCACUCUCAGCUGACACUGGCUGUCCAGAGUGGGAUUGUUCCCCUUCCCUAUGUGAAAGGGACUUGUUUUCAGGAGAAGUGUCCUUUAAAUAUCCAGCUAAAACUGGAGGUAAUUUUUUGCAUGAAUGGCUUUUUACAGCUAGGUCUAAAGCAGAACAAAACUUGUAUUAAACUAAGUGCUACUUUACAUAUCUUAUUUCAAGGGAAAUGAAGGAUUUAUUGUCGUGUAAAUGAUAUACACUGAUUUGUUUCCUACUGGACAUCACAUGUCCCUUUAUCUUUAGGCUGAUGUUGUGCAGCAAACUUUGAAUAUCUGGAAAAUCAGCAGGUACCUACUUCAGUGCACUAGUUGGGUAUUAUGUUCUCAGAGAGGAAUUUUGUGAAUGAAGUUUGGGUGCUCUUAUAACUGAUUUCCACUCCUAUUCCUAAGCUUUCUAUACUAAAUAUAUGUAAAGUGAUUAUAUCUUGUCUGAUCCCAUGUGUUUGUGUGUGUUUUCCAAUGUUUGUGUAAAUAUAUCGGCCAUCUGAAGGGUUAGUUGGAUUAUGGCAACUGCUGAGCAAUGGUGUAUAGGGCAUGUGAACAUAUGGUACACAUACACACUUAUUUUGAGGCCAAGCUAAUCUUACAGAGUUUAGAAAAGAACCAAUGUAGCAUGGCUUGGGAAAAGUGUAAUAAGGGAUAUAGGUAUUGCCAAGCCACCAUUCGUUGGUGCAGGCCUUGGCAGCAGCAGAGUUGAGGUGUGCUCAACCGGAUUUUACAUCAUUUAUGUUAAUUUCACUUGAUAGCCCCUUGGUCUGUUUUAUGACUUAGAAAUAUUUUUCCAUGAUGCCCAUUCCUUUUUUUCCCCAGGCCACUGGAAAUGGCUGAUUCUUGCUUCCCAUGAUUUGGAUACCCAAUAUGUUAACUUAAAAUGGGUGGCUGAGGUUUUAGUAAAACUGGGUUUUACUAAAAGUGCCCUUUCCUUGAGGUACCAUUUCUUCCAUUUUUUUUUUUUUUCUUUCUGACAAAUAUACCCAUUGGCUAUGCUAAAGUUAUUGUCAUCCUGGCAAGUCUUGGAGACUCAGUUAAAGUGAUGACUGUAUUUGCCUUUGGAGAACAGGCUCAUGGUCUAAGUAAAAUUCUUAUGUAAAGGUGCGCUUUAGGCAAAAAAAAAAAAAAAAAAAAAAAAAGAACGAAAAUGUGAAAACAGAUUCUCAUUUGGUGAGCUAGCCUCCAGGGUAGGGGGAUGGGCUCUCAGUUAAUAUUAAGGGAUGUGUUGAAAAGGCAAGUGCCCUCCCUUUCUCUAUUCACCACCCCACCCUCCCUUCCUUCCCAAUCUCAAAAGAAAACAGAAAAUUAUUUUUUUAAAGUGUAUUAAUAAUUUAUGUUUAAUACAAAAAGGAUGAUUGAAUGGUAUCACCAAAGGUCAUUUCUCUCAUUGUGCAUGUCCUUCGCUCUCAGCCCCUUCCCCAUCACCCCAUUCUCCACCCUCACACAUCCAUCCCAAGCAAACCUGUCUUCAUCGGAAUCUAUCAGUGUUGGAGUUAAUGUGGGGCAGAGAUUUAACACCAUGACACUAAUGAAAACCAACCAUUCUUCACUUUCAAAUGUUAGUCCUACAGGAAGGCAAACUCUUUCCUUGGUCUUUGCUUAAGAACAUUUUAUACAUAUAUAUGUAUAUAUGUGUGUGUAUGUAUGGGCAUAUGUAUGUAUAUGCACAUGUACAUGUAUAUAUGUAUAUACCCAUCUCCAAUAUAAAUAUAUCAUAUGUGAGAGUUGUAAAUACUCCUGAUCAUAUGUCUGUCUUCCUCAUGGUAUCAUAUCUUCAAUGUUAUGUUAACAAAUCCAUUUAUUGAUUGAUGAAAUCGUGUGUAGACCUGUAUCCUCCUGACAUAGUUUAUGUAGGGUCUCUUCUCAAAUAAAGUAUAAAACAUCAA